AUUUAAAUUGCACAUCUUCAAUCCAUUCUAGCAAAACUUUAACACAACACUUCUCAAUACAUCUCAACUUCAUGGAGCUCUCUAAGAUUUUAUUUUCGUUUUUUGCACUUCAAUUCUUACUUUUUCUAUCACCAAUUUAUGCAGCACCUGUAAAUUCCAAUAUUUUCAGGGAAUACAUUGGAGCAGAGUUCAAUAAUGUCAAGUUUAGUGAUGUCCCUAUUCACUCUGACGUCGAAUUUCACUUCAUUCUUUCCUUUGCCAUUGACUACACAACAUCUUCUUCUUCUCCAUCUCCCACGAACGGUCAAUUCAACAUCUUCUGGGAUACAGAUAACCUUACCCCUUCAGCUGUUUCGGCGAUUAAAGACCAACAUUCUAAUGUUAAAGUGGCAUUGAGCUUAGGAGGGGACAGUGUUGGAGGAAGCAGCGCCUAUUUCAAUCCUUCUUCAGUUGAUUCUUGGGUUUCGAAUGCUGUCUCUUCUCUUACAGAUAUCAUUAAACAAUACAAUUUGGAUGGAAUCGAUAUCGACUAUGAACAUUUCCAAGCUGACCCUGACACCUUUGCAGAAUGCAUAGGCAAGCUAAUUAAAACUCUGAAAAACAAGAGAGUUAUUUCAUUUGCUUCCAUAGCUCCGUUUGAUGAUGAUGAGGUUCAGAGUCAUUACAAGUCGCUAUGGAAAAGCUACGGUCACCUUAUAGACUAUGUUAACUUUCAAUUUUACGCGUAUGAUGAGGGAACCAGUGUGUCUCAAUUCAUGGACUAUUUUUCUACUCAAAGAUCUAAUUAUGAAGGGGGGAGGAUCUUGGCUAGCUUCAGCACGGAUGGGAGUGGUGGCUUAUCUCCGGAAAACGGAUUUUUCACUGCCUGUAGUAAGCUUAAAAGUAAAGGAGAGUUGUCUGGAAUAUUUGUGUGGAGUGCUGAUGAUUCAAAAUCAAAUGGUUUCAAGUAUGAGAAGCAAUCACAAGCAUUACUAGCCAUACCCCACUAGUGCUUUCAAUUUUCAUAUCCUAUACAAUAUUGUACUAUGUCACACCCUCUUUG